AUGUCGCUCUCCAGCGAGGAGAGCAGCAGCAGCAGCAGCAGCAGCUUUGCUGCCGCUGGCAUUGGCUCGCUCGCCCCUCCUGGCGGCUUUUCUCUCCCGUCUCCCUCACCAGCCAGCAGUAUCCCAAAAGACUAUGGCAGCAGUGGGAGCACUCUGAGCUUUGGCCUCGGCUUUGAGCCCCCGUCUUCCCGUACAGCGUUUGGAAAGGAAGAAUUAUAUCUUUACGGAUAUGGGAAGCAGUUCGGAGAGAAGCUGACGUACAGUGCAGGGGUUGGCUAUGCUGCAGGGGCCCUUCUGGGGGGUUCAUUUGGAUUCGCCUCGGGCGUUAGAAAGGGGGGCCCCUCGGCACGUCUACGUCUCAAUGCGAUUCUCAAUGGCUGCGGCACAUAUGCCCCUGCCAUGGGCAGCCAACUAGGCACCCUGAGCUUGUUCUAUUGCUGCUUCAAUAAUUUACUCAUUCUGGUGCGUGGAGAUUCGGAAGUUCACGCCCCCGUUGCGGGGGGACUCGCCGGGUGUCUGUACAAGGUGCAAGCCAGCUGGCGAGUUUUGGGGGCUUACGGUGCAGCCUCUGCGGUGGCCUUCUCUGCGAUUGACCAGUACAUGCGACGCUACCUCUAA